UUCAUUCAAACUGUACGCUUUGAGAUAUGCCAAAUCGAAAGUUUGCUGCGUCAUACGGGCACACCAUACAUUACUUAAGGACAACGGUGCGGAAGGCAGUAUAUAUAGUAUAGAGAGAUGGCAUGAACGCAUGCUCUUGUUUGCAGGACAUGUCCCGUGGCCGGCGCUCGUUCUUUCUGUUAUGCGGCCUGCUGGCGCUGGGACUAAAAGGUGCUCUAUGCGACCACGGCUCAGACUCGUCGCAACAGGACCACGAGCAGCAGCUGCUGCACCACAACUCGCACCAGCAGCCUCCGUCGACCACGCAACAGCAGCUCAAGGCCGAGCGGUCGGGCACGUACUAUUUGCACGACGUGGACAACAAGGCCCGCUUCGGCGUCGCUGGCGUUGGCGGCUCUGGACUGACGCUGCUGUUGCCCAUCCUUCUUGUGCUCGGCCUGUUCGUCAUCAUCAUCCCAAUAUUCGGGCUGCUCUUCACCACGGGACUCGCCGGAGGGUUCGGAGGUGGAGGUUUCGGAGCCGGCGUGCCCGGUGGACUCUACCCGGCCGCCUCGGCAGCCGGACGCAAGUGGGUCGGCGCGGAUUCGCCCUUACUGAGCCAGGAGAACGUCAUCAAGAUGGUCAGCUACGUCGACAAGGCGCUGCAGGACUUCGGAAAGCAAUUCAAGAACAAGCAAAGCUAACUGCACGUAUCACUGUGAGACAGUUCUGAGACAGUUCGCCUUGUA